AUGCAUCAGAAGAUCCAUGAACUCCACCUGCAACAUGAAGGAAGUCUCUACCACUGCACAGUCUGCAGGAAGAGCUUCACGGCCCUGAGAGAACUUGAGAAACACCAGCAAACACACUCAAUUUGGGUGAAUGAAAAGGAGAAGUCUCGCACAAAGUCACAUAAAUAUUCACAUUGUGAACAAGCAUUUACAACACCCUCACCAGUCAACCACAACAUGCUAUGCACACAUACAGGAGAGAGGCCUCAUACAUGUUCUCAGUGUGGAAAAUGUUUUUCACACAGGUCAAGCCUUUCACGCCACAGGCUUGUACACAAAGCGGAGAAGUCUCCUAUAAGACCCACGCUAGUACACACUGGAGAGAAGUCUCCUAUGAGACCCACGCUAGUACACACUGGAGAGAGGCCUAAUGAAUGUGUCCAGUGUGGAAAAGCAUUUAGAACGUCCCAAGAUCUUCAACGCCACAUGUUUACACAUAGCAAUGAGAAUCCUCAUGAAUGUGUCCAGUGUGGAAAAGCAUUUAGAACGUCCCAGGUUUUAAAAAGGCACAUGCGUAUACACACUGGAGAGAAGUCUCAUAUAUGUGUCCAGUGUGGAACAGCCUUUACACAAAGCUCAAAGCUUCAAGACCACAUGUUAAUACACACCGGAGAGAGGAGUCAUCAAUGUGUCCAGUGUGGGAAAGCCUUUAGAACGUCCCAAGUUUUACAAAGCCACAUGCUUACACACACUGGAGAGAAGCCUUAUAAAUGUGUCGUCUGUGGAAAAUCAUAUCGAAGAUUCCAACAUCUUAAAGACCACAUGCUUACACAUAACGGAGAGAGCCCUCAUAAAUGUGUCCAGUGUGGAAAAUCAUUUAGAACGUCCCAAGUUUUACAAAGACAUAUGCUUAUACACACUGGAGAGAAGCUUCAUAUAUGUGUCCACUGUGGGAAAGCCUUUUCACAAAGCUCACAUCUUGGAGUCCACAUGUUAAUACACACCGGAGAGAAGCCUCAUGAAUGUGUUCAUUGUGGAAAAUCAUUUAGAACGUCCCAAGCUUUACAAAGCCAUAUGCUUAUACACACUGAAGGGAAGCCCCAUAAAUGUAUCCAUUGUGGAAAAGCAUUUUCACAAAAUUCAGCUCUUAAAGUCCACGUGUUAAUACACACUGGAGAGAAGCCUCAUAAAUGUGUCCAGUGUGGAAAAUCAUUUAGAACAUUCCAACAUCUUCAACGCCACAUGCUUACACAUAACAAUGACAAGCCUCAUAACUGUGUCCAGUGUGGAAAAGGUUUUGCACACAUUUCAACUCUUAAAGUCCACAGGCUAAUACACGCUGGGGAGAAGCCUCAUAAAUGUGUCCAGUGUGGGAAAUCAUUUAGAAAAUCCAAAGAGCUUCAACGCCACAUGCUUACACAUAACGAUGAGAAGACUCAUAUAUGUGACCAGUGUGGAAAAGGUUUUGCACAAAUUUCAACUCUUAAACGCCACAUGCUAAUACACACUGGAGAGAAGUCUCAUAAAUGUGUCCAGUGUGGAAAAUCAUUUUCAAGAAGUGGAAAUCUUAAAGUCCACAUGUUAGUACACACUGGAGAGAAGCCUCAUAAAUGUGUCCAGUGUGGAAAAGGUUUUGCACACAUUUCAACUCUUAAAGUCCACAGGCUAAUACACACUGGAGGGAGGCAUCACAGAUGUGUCCAGUGCGGAAAAUCAUUUAGAACGUCCCAAGAUUUACAAUGCCACAUGCUUAUACAUAACGAUGAGAAGCCUCAUAAAUGUGUCCAAUGUGGAAAAUCAUUUCAAACAUCCCAACAUCUUCAACGCCACAUGCUUACACAUAAGGGCCCAAUCCCAAUGUCAGCCCUAAAGACUAGAACUAAGGACUCACAGACUUAAUUGAUUUCAGGUGCUAAGUGAGUGAGUGUGUGAGGCCACAUGGGCUCAGAUAGGUAUUUUGGGAUUGGGACAGCACUUCACGAGAUCACAUGUACCUUGGCGAUGUUUACUAACAAAGACGUUGCUAACAUUUGCACCAUGCACGUGUGUCGUGCGUGCUGUUGUUUACCUUGAUUUCCAGACACUUUGAACUGUGGGUAAUUCCCUUAGGUUAAGUCUGCACCGAUGCAGACUCACGGAAAGGGCUCGGUAAGUGUCUACUCAAACCCUCCCGCCCGUUGUAAUUCGACAUUGGGACAGCCCUAAGCACUUACGAAUUUCGCGAGAACGCGCACCAAAGUCUGUGAGUUCGUGAGUCCGGACAUUGGGAUUGGGCCAAGGAGUCUCAUAUAUGUGCCCGAUGUGGAAAAGGUUUUACACACAUUUCAAAUCUUAAAGACCACAUUAGAAUACAUACCGGAGAGAAGCCUCAUAAAUGUGUCCAGUGUGGAAAGUCAUUUUCACAAAGUUCACAUCUUAAAGUCCACAUGUUAGUACACACUGGAGAGAAGCCGCAUAAAUGUGCCCAAUGUGGAAAAUCAUUUAGAACGUCCCAAAUUCUUCAGCGCCACAUGCUUACACAUAACGAUGAGAAGCCUCAUAUGUGCCCAGUGUGGAAAAGGUUUUGCUCAAAUUUCAACUCUUAAACGCCACAUGGUAAUACACACUGGAGAGAAGCCUCAUAAAUGUGUUCAGUGUGGAUGUUUUUUUUUUUUUUUUUUCAGCAAUGUCUAGUUUUAAACAGCAUAAUACUACAUACUGGACACUCAUGAAUGUGCCCAUCCAAUAACCUUAUAUACCACAUGGUGACACAAACUGAUAACUUCAUAAGUUAUGACUUCUCAUCAAUGUAUCCAGUGUGGAAAAGUUUUCACAGAAACUGCAAGCCAAUCCACAUACUAAUGCACACUGGAAAUAUGAAUAGACUGAUCGAGAUGUUGGGAGGCUUGUCAUUAUGUUAUUAUAAUGUGAACAGACUGAUCGAGAUGUUGGGAGGCUUGUUUUCCCUCUUCUUUUAUUUGCUUUUAUUUGUUAUUACUGUUUGCUUUUGUUUGUGUAAAGCACAUUCAAUGACCUCUAUGUAUGAAAUGCGUUAAAUAAAUAAACUUGACUUG